AUGCUCAUCCACAAAACUCUUCAUUUGCUCAUUGGGGCACUUUCAGUCACUGCAACACCAUUUGCAAGUUUUGCUCCCGCUGAAGACAAUACCCUGACCUACAGUGUCCAUGUCCCACAAGAUACAGCGACAGCUGGAGCAGGUCCCAUAUACAUUCAGCUCAAUGCCACGAAGCAAGUGACGUGGUUUGCCCUGGGCCAGGGUACCUCAAUGACCGGGGCGAACAUGUUCGUGGCGUAUACUACAGGAAACACUGUGACCGUCUCACCCAGGCUGGGUAAAGGAGAAAUACAACCUCUUUACAAUGAAAAUGCCACGAUUAGCACUAUGGACGGCACUGGAAUCCACGAUGGAGUCAUCACUGCCAACUUCCGAUGUGACAGUUGCAUUUCAUGGCAGGGAGGCCGCCUAGACCCAAACAACUCUCGGAGCAAUUGGAUUUGGGCUGUGAAGUAUGGUAAGCCAUUGGGUUCCAGUAGUCUGUCGGCGACCAUUCUUCAACACGACAAUGUGGGCCAAGAGAUUGUGAACAUGAAGCAGGCAAUAGGGACGACGUCUUCGAAUCCUUUCCUAGAUCUAUCCACGUCAUCAGUGGGUGACACGAUGGAUAACAGCCAGCAGAUUAAUCACGAGAUGUUGGAUCGGAUGAGAAAGGCACACGCCGUGCUCAUGACACUGGCUUUCGCUCUUUUGUUCCCAUGCUUUGCUUUGAUCUUACAUCUAUUUCCAUCCGGUACCGUGGCCAUUCAUGGAACUCUGCAAUUGUUCACGCUUGCUGUGGCGAUUGCAGGGAUGGGAGUAGGGAUUUCCAUGGCCAAGAAUCUCCAGCUUCUGAGCCAUUAUCAUCCGGUGAUUGGAAUAGUAGUGAUCGCCGGUUUAACAAUUUUUCAGCCGAUGAUGGGAUGGUUGCAACAUCGACACUACCGCAAAUUGGGCGGCAAAGGACUAUAUGCUCCUUUACACCGGUGGUUUGGGAGGAUCAUGAUCGUCAUUGGAGUCGUCAAUGUUGGCUUGGGGUUCCGGCUGACUGGGAUCGGCAUGCCUGGUGCUCCUCGCGCCGCAGUCAUUGCCUACGGCGUAGUGGCUGCGGUAAUCGGGUUGGGGUACAUCAUGGUGAUAAUUGGGAGAAGGAGAAGACAUGUUGCUGGAUAG